AUGGGCAAGCGCAAGCAGAUGGACGAUGGUGUGCCGAGCCGAGAAGACAAGAGGGCCAAGAGGCAGACAUCUGCUGCGACUACCUCGACACCGUCAAGAGUCCUCAGAUCGGUCAAGGCCCAAACGACAGCAGCAGCUCGCGAUGCUGUCUUUAAGACCACAGAACUGCUCGAGAACAUUCUGAUCCAGCUACCACCGAUGAACAUCAUCCAAGUUCAGCGCGUUAGCAAGCUAUUUAAGGAGGUCAUCGAGAACUCUCCGACCGCACAUAAGCUGCUGUCGCCAGAGGUGAAGAGCGAGAGUAAGCAUUGGGCAGUCAAGUUCGACUUUACCCGACAGAGGUGGUUUUACGGUCAGUCCGGAACGAGCAAAUCAUCGGAUUGA